AUGACACCCAAAGUGGAUAUUUUCAGUUAUGGUGUAAUGUUAUUAGAGAUUACAUGUGGCAGAAGGCAUAUUGAGCUUAGCAGGGUAAAGGAAGAGAGCGAAGAUGAUGAAGGUGAUGAUUUACUGCUUGUAAAUUGGGUUGCAGGUUGCAUAAGAAGUGGUAGAACCGAAAAACUUGCAAGGAAUGAUCCUGGAGUAUUGAACGAUGUUAAACGACUUGAAAGAUUUGUCAAGUUGGGAUUGUGGUGUGUCCAUCCUGAUCCAAUUCUUAGACCUUCAAUGAAAAUGGUUAUGCAAAUACUUGAAGGAUGGGAGAAUGUUGAAGUUCAUGUAUUGAUCCAAAAGAGACUAGCUGAGAUAGCAAACCAAAAGAACUCAAUCCUUGAAGAGCAUAUCAGUCAUCUUGAUGGAGCACUUAAAGAGUGUCUGAGACAGCUUCGACAGGCAAGAGAAGAGCAAGAGCAGAAUGUCCAGGUUACUGUAGCAAAGACAAGUUGUGAGUUGGAGUCUAGAAAGUCUGAACUCGAAAAUAAGCGUCUUCGGCUCCAGUCUCAACUGCAAAGUUUUAAACCUAAAGACAGUAACAUCCAAGAUCUUCAGUCUAGCAAACAAUAUCUGGAGAGUGUCAAGAAGGUUGCUAAGCUUGAAAGUAUGAAGACAAGUCCAGGAGUAAGGUCAUAG